AUGGGACAUAGCGAGGGUAGACCAACUUGCAUCAUCCACUUUGACAGAAAAUUUGAGCCACAGAAAAGACUAUCUAAUGAAACUUUGAAAACUAUAUGUUUGAGAAGAGAGGAAUGGCUUGCUCUUCCAGACGAGUGCCACGACAACCAAAAGAAUAUUGCAAAUCAGUCUUUUGAAUUUAUACCUGACCUCGUUAAAGAUAUUCAGGAGUUACAAGAGCCUGCAAUUUUAUCACAUGUCUUGUUAUCUAAGUUUUUUACUUAUGUAACUAAACUGCAACCAGCUAAAAAUUAUAUCGAAAAGAGAAUUUCUGCAGGUCUUACUCAAAAUAUUAAACCAGAAAACGAAGAUACAGAGGAUAGUGGCCCUAAAAGAUAA